GAAGACCUAGACGCAUUUACCAUGAAGCUGAGCUGUGUUCCCAUGGCCUGGGCCCUCUAUAUUCCCUCUGCCGUACUCUGGGCAGCUCAUUUKUUGGUGGCUGCCAGUUUUGAGACUCUGCAGUGUGAAGGACCUGUCAGCACUGAGAAGAGUGACUGCCACAUGGAUGASGACUUGAAGGACCCAAGGGAAACUGACUAUCAGGUCAAGGGCUACACUUUCAGUGAACCCUUCCAUCUGMUCGUGUCUUAUGACUGGCUGAUCCUCCAAGGCCCAGCUACACCCAUAUUUGAAGGAGAUCCACUGGUUCUGCGCUGCCGGGCCUGGCAAGACUGGCCACUGACUCAGGUCACCUUCUACCGAGAUGGUUCAGCCCUGGGUCCCCCUGGACCAAACAAGGAAUUCUCCAUCGCUGUGGUGCAAGAGGCAGACAGUGGGCAUUACCACUGCAGUGCCAUCUUUAGAAGCCCCGGUCCAGGGAGCCCAGAAACAACAUCUACAGUGGCUAUCACAGUCCAAGAACUGUUUGCAGCCCCAGUGCUCAGAGCCUCKCCGUCUGCUGAACCCAAAGAAGGAAGCCCAGUGACUCUGAGCUGUCAGACAAAGCUGUCCCUGCAGAGGUCAGCCGCCCGCCUCCUCUUCUCCUUCUACAAGGAUGGAAGAACAGUGCGCAGCAAGGGCCUCUCCUCAGAAUUUCAGGUCCCCACAGCCUCCGUGGAGCACUCUGGGUCCUACUGGUGUGAGGCAGCCACUGAAGAUGGGCAAGUUUGGAAACAGAGCUCCCAGCUAGAAAUCAGGGUGCAGGGUCGCUCCAGCUCUGCUGAAUCGCCCACCUUGAAUCCAGCUCCUCAGAAACUGGCUGCUCCAGAAACGACUUCUAAGGAGCCCCCUGGCCCUCUGCCUCCACUAGCUACCCCUUCUUCUGAGCACCGAGGCUUCUCCUCUCCAGAUCCCCACCUGCAUCACCAGAUGAGCAUUCUUCUCAAACUCAUGCAGGAUGUAAGAGCUCUUCUUGGUCACCUGGUCAUAGAGCUGAGGGACUUAUCUGGCCACCUGAAGCCUGAAACCACAAAGGCUCCUGUCAAGUGA